AUGCGUUAUUUGCUCUCUGCUUUUGGGCUAGUGGUUAAUAUGCUUAGUUUUGGGGGUAGAGAGGCUCGUAAGAAUCUUUCCAACUUUGAAUAUGAUUUGGAUGCGCUGCAGAGAAUGAUUUCUGGUCUGGAUGGAAAAAUAGGUUCAUUGGAAUAUAAGCAGGAUCUUGCCAAUGCUGGCUUUUGGUACCUUUGUAACAUGGUUGGUGGCAAAAAAGCAAACAUGCCUGAAGCCUUGCAGGAGCAACUUAAACUUUCUGGGAAAUCUCGUUUUUUACUCACACAUUCGGGAACUCCCACUACAAAGGGUCUGAAAGACUUUGCAGAUAUUUUUUCCGAGGGUACGAUCAGGCCGAGAUGCCAUCAUGCAAGAUGGUAUCAAUAA